AUAAAGCUAUCUUUGACUGCAGUUUACUGACACCGCUACAACGUGUUUUUAUCGCUGGCUGUCCAGACGGAAGGUGCUGAAACGCUUUGUCGCGUGUCUGGAAGAAGUGAAAACUUUCCUGGGCAGCAAAGGGCUCACCUUUCCUGAGCUGGAACAGCCAGAGUGGCUGGAAAAGCUACACUUCAUGGUAGACAUGACAGCGCACCUGAACACGCUGAACACAGCUCUUCAGGGGAAAGGACGUACAGCCCUGCACAUGUUGGAGGAUGUUUUGGCAUUCGAGCGCAAGUUGACAGUGCUUGCCAGAGAUUUACAGAAAGGCACUUUGUCUCACUUCCCCAAUUUGAGAGAGUUCAAACAAGGUCACGACAUGAUAAUUUCGGAGUAUUUACAUUCUGCAAUCAUCGCAAUGCAAACAUCGUUUGGGAAACGCUUCUGUGAGUUCAGAGAGGAAAAAAACACAUUAUCCUUCCCGGUCACUCCCUUAAGCAUCGAUCCUUCCCUACUGAAUACGACUGCAUUGGCAGGUGUGAGUCAACCUGAUCUUGAGAUGGAACUGGCCGACAUAGCCGACAAAGACAUAUGGGUGUCCAAGUUUAGACGCUUGACAGCAGACCUUGAAGAUGUUGCCCGUCAGAAGGCCGUUCUUGCUCAGAAACACAAAUGGAGUGAUAUUGAAAACCUCACAGAUGACAGCUUGCGAUCCUGUGUAAAGAUGAAGGUGACAUCAUACAGCCCUGAUGUGCAGACGCUGUGCGCUGAGGUCCAGGAGCAGAAAUCCCAUUAACCAAGAUGACAGCUGGCUGACGUUAUUUUUGGUUUGCUGCUGGCGGAAAAUUUAAGUUCGGCGUUUUUCAUAAAUACAAGAAGGACUCAAAUAGACAUUGAAUAUUUUACUUAAAAGUAACUUUCAACCCAACGUCUUUUUUUCGGAGUUCAAAAUGUUUUUGUUGCAUGCAGAAAUGUAAUUUCGUUUUCUCUGCAGGAGUUCAUCAAUUUCAUAAAUGCAACACAUUAUAGUUUGUUUAUACAUAGCAUAAAGGCAAAAAAAACGUUGUAUGCAGUGUUAUUUCAUUUUAAAUGUCAAACGGGUUUUGCGGCUCCCAGUGUUUUCUUUUCUGUGGGAAACGGGUCCAAGUGGCUCUUUCAGUGGUAAAGGUUGCU